ACACGACGGCGUCACAAAUUAUUUAGCUUUUUUUGUGUCGAGGAUCCUUGUUCACAAGAGGCAGGUUAGAUUUGUGGAAGCUAGAGGAGCACCCCUGCAUACAUUCUAACCUGCGUUUUCAAGCAAAUCGGACUUCUAGUCCAUUACAGCUGCGUAAUGUCGUCCGAAAAUCUAUCAGAUACUCCGAUGGAAUAUGAGGAUGAAAAACAGGACUCUCAGGAAAAGAAUGCCAACCUUGUGAAGGGUGAAGAGGUCAAGCUGAAGGCCAAGUAUCCCGGCCUGGGCCAAAAGCCUGGAGGCUCCGACUUCCUCAUGAAGAGGCUACAGAAAGGGCAAAAAUACUUUGACUCAGGUGACUACAACAUGGCCAAGGCCAAGAUGAAGAACAAACAGCUGCCCGUGGCAGGCCCUGACAAGAACCUCGUCACAGGGGACCACAUUCCCACGCCACAGGACCUGCCCCAGAGGAGGUCCUCCUUGGUGACCAGCAAACUAGCAGGCUAGCCUAGCCUCCACCCAUCCACCAGGCCCCCAGCUAACGUUCCCCAACAAUGUCCCCCCCCCCCCCCCCUAGUCAUCUCCAGGCUCCACUUGGCUUUAACAUAUCGGGGAGAGCGGUGAAAGUCAGUACAUAUUGCUUGUAUAUGGGUAUGGUGGGGAGGGGAGGUGAGCUGGGACCUUUUCUACCAUCUCUCCACACAGCUCUGCCCUCUGCGCACUCUGCUCUACCGCCUCCCUUAUGUCUUGGUUUGGUGUUCAGAGGUACAUAAAGUAGAUGUGCCAUCAGGGAGGCUGAGUUUAAUGCACUUUGUAUUAUGUACAGUACGUUUUUGCAUCCCGAACGACACCAAAAUAUGUUGUUGACGAGGGAGUUGGGAACCAUGAUCGCUCCACAUUUUUCGAUGUUGUGUUCUCGUCAAAGCUGGGGGUAGAUGUUUGCGUAUUUUGCUUGCACACCAAAUCGGUGAGGGAAGGGAACCAUGGUGAAGUAUCCAAAGGAAGGGAGCGGUAAUCAGAGGGAAAUGUGGAAACUGAUUUGUGGUUUCCUUUAUCUCAUGUUCUGUCAAACAAAAAUCCAAGGUCGUCCAUGCUGACCUGAAUGAACAGAUAUGAAACUGCACAUUUUCUGCUCAUGUCGCUUUAAUUCUUGACUCCCUGUUGCUCUUCUUUUUUUAAAUAUGCUGCAUGAUUGUAACGAAAUGUGCAAAUCUGGAGGGGUUAGACGACUGAUAGGAAGUAGCAAGCAACCAAAUGGAGCCCUGGAAUGUCCAUGUUCACUCUGCACACCUUCCUUCCCUCUCAAUGUCCUGACAAUCCACACACUCUGUCUGUAGGCUGCCCAUGGCGAAAGCAAUGGCAAAGCAAACUGAAUACCCAUGUAUCAUUUUUAAGGCUGGGAAAAGAAGCAACUGUUUAAUAUUCAAGUUAAAUCUCAGUUCUGUGGCUAUUACAUCACCUCAAAAAGCCUAAAUGAUUGGUAGGGGAUCAAUUCAGUGUAUAUUUCUGUAUUGUGUUGAGAAAAUUGACAUUUGGUAUGAUUUGUGUCUUCAUAAAGGGUUGUUUGUUCAUUGUCACGUAUUAGCCAUUUACUACAAUCUGGCUCUUUUCACUGUUAAUGCCAGUUCCUGUUGAGAAACUCUUCCAGUAACAGAAGAGUAUUGCCUAGUUCCCAAUUACAUUAGUUGCUAAACCUCUCCUCGGUCUCUCCUUCAAAUUCAACAUAGUAGGAGCCUCCCAGUGUACUGCUAAAGCAUAUAGCCUUACAUAUUGACAUUCUAAAUAUAAAAAUCUGUGACGUCAGUAAUGGGGUAAAGAGUCGGCCACCGGCUAAACUGGCCCUGACUGGCCCCUGGCUCACACAGACCUAACUGGGACACAGCGGGUUUUAGAGAUAUGCUCACUUGACGCAUGUCAAAGGGAAGGGAUUUUAUGACGGGGGGGGGCAAAGUGUGAGUGUGGACUUAGUUGACCCUGCUCAUACCUGUUGGUAUGGUACAACUUGCCAAAUAGUUACCUCAUUCAAAAGUAAAAUGCUUGUACUCUGGUUAAGGUCAGAGGUUGUAGGCUGUUAUCACCUGAAUGAGUUGUCCUAUCACACAAUACACACUUGAUCACUCCUAUCUUGGCACCUUUUGAAUAUUCCCUGUGUCUAAUUGGCAUUGAGUGUGCUUGUCUGGGUAUGAAUGUGCUACUGUUCUCUGUCCCAGUGGGUGUAAAUAGGCUUUUGGAGGUUGAGUUUUCUUUCUUUCUGAUUUCACUACUUGUAGUUCUCUGAUUCCAAUGUUUCCUUUCUCCUGUCAUUGAAUACACUACGUAAGCUUUAUAUAUAUAUUUUUUUUUUACUGCAGAGACAUUAAUCUGUAUAAUAUGAAUGUGUGUAAAUGCUGCUGAUUCAGUCGAUGACAAAUCUUUUAAACUGAGAUAUUACCCUAAUAAAGAACACCUGUCCUAGGAUUCAAACAAUCGGACCCACUCCUACCAUGAAUGUCUGCUAAUGAGACUCACUAACCACUCCAGGUUUGGGAGUAUAAUUUCAUUUCAAUUAGGAUAUGAAUUGAAAUUCUACCCAUGAUCAAUGCAAUCCAUUUUGGGAACUGGCCAGCUGGAGUUGAAAUUUAAUUGACACCAACAUGUUACUUGAAUUUGAACAGAAAGACCGUGCAGAAUCCUAAAUAUUUGUAGCAUGGCUUAUUAAAGUGUCAAAUAAUAUAAUUGGAUAUGCUGAAAUGAAGGUUGUUGAAACAACCGCAA